GCCACCAGUAGCCAAACCUGUCCUCAUUUUAAACUGCAGCAAACCGAUCCACAUAGCAUCUCACCUAACUGACAGAGCUGUCCACCAAUGGCAUAAUCCAAUCUGUGCAAUGGGAAGGUCCUAUGCAAAUGAAUUGUGACAGAGACACAUCGUGAUCUAGGUUCUGCUUGCUUAUUGCCCCCUAAAAGCAUCUCUUCGUGACUAUCAGAGACUGCACACAGAAUAAAGGCGCAGAACACUGGAAGACCAUCUGACAAAAUAAAGAAGGCUCUCUGCCAUUUAUAAGAGAACUUGGUGCCUUUCCUGUCAGAAAUGGGAAAGCCAAAUAGUAAGCUGGCCCCUGAGAUGUUGCAGGACCUGGUCCAAAGCACAGAAUUUACAGAACAAGAACUAAAGCAUUGGUAUAAAGGUUUCCUAAAGGACUGUCCUUCUGGCAUUCUUAACCUGCAGGAGUUCCAGCAGCUCUACAUUAAGUUCUUCCCAUAUGGUGAUGCCUCUAAAUUUGCCCAGCAUGCAUUCCGCACAUUUGACAAGAAUGGGGAUGGAACGAUUGACUUCCGGGAAUUUAUCUGUGCUUUGAGUGUCACCUCGCGUGGAAGUUUUGAGCAGAAAUUAAACUGGGCCUUUGAGAUGUACGACCUUGAUGGAGAUGGCAAAAUCACACGACUGGAGAUGCUGGAGAUUAUUGAGGCAAUAUAUAAGAUGGUAGGCACUGUAAUUAUGAUGCGAAUGAAUCAGGAUGGUCUUACCCCACAGCAAAGAGUUGAUAAAAUCUUCACAAAAAUGGACAAGGACAGAGAUGAUCAGAUCACCCUGGAAGAGUUCAAAGAAGCAGCCAAGAGUGACCCAUCUAUAGUGCUGCUCCUGCAGUGUGACAUGCAGAAAUAGCACCAACUCACACUCCCACCCCCAACUUGCCAGCUCAGCUGAGCUUCCCGCAUGCACCUCACUACCUUCCCCAACCAACAGCAUCCUGGGUUCUUCCUCGUGUGUGUUAAGAUAGUAUCUCUCACACAUUGUUAUAAGAGGGAGGUGGCAAUGUGACAAUAUCUUAAUCAGGGUCCAGACUGGGAAACACUGACACAUGGAACGAUUGUGUAUUUUGAAGUUCUACACAAUGACGCAUUGAAGGGCAGUUUGGUCCAAUCCUAGAUUGUGGAAUCCCUACUGAUAUCUGUGUGUCCUUUCUGUUGUCUUGGGUUUAGGUCUUGCCCAUUGUUGUUGUGGAAAAUGUAGUGCUGCUUUCUAAAAAGUGGAGAAGACAUGUCCCACCUCUGCCAGGAGUUUGAGGGUUUUAAAGCAUUGUCUCAUAGUGCAUUGCAUGUCAUAUAAAUAGUGUUCGUUUGUUUCAUGUAUAUUGCUUUAUAUGUUCUAUAUACACAGAGCUUGUCUUAUAUAGUGCUUUGUAUGGUAUGAAAUGCUUUGAGUGUUCUAAGAAAAUAUAUAGCAUGAGAGGUAUAUAUAUAUAUAUCUUAUCUAUACAGUAUUUUGCAUGUGAUAUUAGUAAUAAGAUAUGCAAUGCUCGAUAUUCAAAUUGCUUUUGUGUAAUAUGUGACAGAUUCCGUGCUAUGGAUGACACAGUGACUGCGUGGCUUGUGUUUAUACGUGUAAACAUACAUGCACAUAUAUAGCCUUUCACUAUAUAUAUAUAUAUAUAUAUAUAUAUGUGUAUAUAUAUAUAUAUAUAGAGAGAGAGAGAGAGAGAGAGAGAGAGAGAUAUGAACAUAUGUUAUUUGUGAACAUAUCAAUUUUAAAAAUACUGUGCCAACCAAAAUAUUGCAAUUACAUAUACAAACGAAAUAUUUUUGAAAAAUCAAAAAUUAGUUUUUACAGCAAGCUUUGUAUUAAGGAUUCUGCUUUUCUUUUUUUAUUGUGUGUUGUACCUUGUUUAUAUUAUGGAUGUAUCCUAACAUUUAUUAUUAUUUAUUAUUAUUUGUCUAUGCAUACUGACAUUUAGAUGACAAAACAAAUGCAAUAAAACAAAUUGCUAUUUUCUUAACAAAGUCCAUCAGCAACAAUUUAAUUUGUGUGUCAAAAUGCAAUAUGUCCAAAUACAUUUAGUUCCUUUACAAAAUAAUUUCAUGUACAAAAUAUUCUGGUUGACACACGAUUUGUGAACAAACUAAAUUCCUUCACAGAAUAAAUUACAGUACAAAAUGUUUAACCUUUGAUGGAAAAUAAAAUGGUAUGUUGACAAAUGCCACAAUCUAUGUUCUGCUGCUUUGCUUGUUAAAUGCCCCGAAUUUUGUGUGUGAGACAAAUGGCUCUUUAUCAUGUGUUGCUUAGAAAAACUUUAAAAUGGACUGGACUGAACUGCUCUACCAAUGUAGCUUAAUUGUCUCUGCAUCCACCUCUGAAACACAGAAAUGUCCGAAUAGAGGAUAGAUGGAUGUGCAAAAUGACAGGUUCAGCAUUUGUGCAAAAGGCCCUCUGAGCCAAUCAAAUUGUUCCCCAGACUCCUGUUGUGCCAAAUAAGAGGGUGCGGACGUAGAAUGCAGUCUUGUGAUUGAUCAGUGAUAUAGCUCUUGUUUUGUUUGGUGGAAGUCUCUGCCAAAUAGGCCAAGAGCAACCCCACUCAUCCUGAGUGUUGCAGGUAUGCACAAGUACUCAUUGUCAGCACUUUAGGGCUAAAUGGCCCCUGCUGUCCCCAUUAAUGUCCCUCUGGGGCAUGUUUCCAAUCCCCACCUGCUCUGUGUGUGAGUGUAUAGUUUGAUCAGUACAAGUGAACUUGGUAUAUUUUUCUAACUGAAAAUAAAAUACAUUAAAAAAAAAAUC